AGAGCAGGUAAGUAGAUCAUAUAAAAAACAAAGAAGGUAAAUGUAGGAAACUUCAAACAUGCCUAUAAGGAGGGGUCAUGUUGCCCCACAAAACACGUUCAUCGACACCAUCAUCAGAAAGUUUGAUGAGCAAAAUAGAAAUUUCAUUAUUGCCAAUGCCCAAAUGCCUGACAUUCCGAUAAUAUUUUGUAACGAUGGCUUCUGCGAGUUGACGGGGUAUGGUCGAGCAGAAACAAUGCAACAACCAGCUUCCUGUUCUUUCCUCCAUGGGCCCCUCACAUCUCCACAUGCCAUCAAGUUUCUUCAAGAUGCCAUCGAAGGAACCGACGAGCAACAAAUUCAAAUCACUUAUUAUCGAAAGAAUGGUUCGAACUUUCUGUGCAGUGUCCUCGUGGCGCCAGUUAGAAACGAGAUGAACUCCAUCCUGCUGUUGAUCGUCAACUUUGAGAACAUCACCGACGCCCCCAUCAAACACGAACCUCCAAAACAACAACUCAUUCCUUACAAGCACAAGUUGAGGAACUUCCGCUUGUCAUCAUCAGCUGUCCCUCAUCAUAACAAGUCCCACCCACCUCAUCGACUCAGCCAGUCAACAACUCCAGAUUCAUCAUCGACCUUGACAUUCAACAAAUUUUUCUUCAAAUCCCACCAGCAGCAUCAACUGCCCAACCACAAUGUUCCAUUCAGAAUGGCUGGCGACCUCCAGUCACCUCCUUCUCCUAUCAUUCCUGUACUCAGUAUUCAGUCUGGUCAACGAAACAACAACAUCAUCAACAGCAGCAACAACAACGUCAUCAUAAACACCAGCGGUGAAAAUCUCUCUCCCAAUUCCCUGCCUGAAACUCAGCACCUCCAUCACCAAGAAGGCUCUCCAUAUGUGCACCAGGUAGCCACCGUGUUGUCUUUGGGAGACGAGGUGCAACCGCCAGACAGGAAGUUGCAGAAGGUUGCGAAGAUGAGCAGGUUGACGGUUCUGCACUACUCGCCCUUCAAGGCUGCCUGGGACUGGCUGAUCCUCGUUCUCGUCCUCUACACCGCAGUCUGCACGCCGUACGUCGCCGCCUUCCUGCUGGACAAGAAGCAGGCUCACAGUAGCCUGAGCAGUGAUGGUAAUAAUAUAAACAGCAACGAUUGGUUGGCCGUUGCCGAUGCAGCCGUUGAUGUGAUGUUCAUCAUUGACAUCCUCAUCAACUUCAGAACUACAUUCGUUGACGACCAAGGUGAGGUAGUAAGUCGUACUGGAGCAAUGGCCCUGCACUACUUCAAAGGAUGGUUCCUGGUCGACAUGGUGGCUGCCAUCCCAUUCGACCUUCUCCUCUACGGAACCAACACGGAUGAGGCGACAACUCUAAUUGGUCUUUUGAAGACUGCUCGACUUCUGCGAUUGGUCAGAGUGGCCCGGAAACUAGACAGAUACAGCGAAUAUGGAGCCGCUGUUCUUCUCUUGCUCAUGGCAACGUUCGCUCUUAUCGCUCACUGGUUGGCUUGCGUCUGGUACGCCAUCGGCAACGCAGAGAGGCCUGUCAUUGAAACUGGCAUGCCACGAAUUGGAUGGCUUGAUGAGUUGGCCGAACAGACGAGGCAGCCAUAUUUCAACGGGAGUUAUGGAGGUCCAUCGAUUCGUUCCAAGUACAUAACUGCCCUCUACUUCACCUUCAGCAGCCUCACCAGUGUUGGAUUCGGAAAUGUUUCACCCAACACCAACUCGGAGAAGAUUUUCUCAAUUUGCGUCAUGCUGAUUGGCUCUCUGAUGUACGCCAGCAUAUUUGGAAACGUGAGCGCCAUCAUCCAACGGCUGUACAGUGGCACGGCCAGGUACCACACGCAACUCCAGAAGGUCAAGGAGUUCAUCAGGUUCCACCAGAUUCCAAACCCACUGCGGCAGAGACUGGAGGAAUAUUUCCAGCACGCCUGGUCCUACACCAACGGAAUCGAUAUGAAUGUGGUUCUCAAAGGGUUCCCGGAAUGCCUACAGGCGGACAUCUGCAUCCAUCUCAAUCAAAAUCUUCUUGAAAAUUGUCCUGCCUUCAAAGCAGGAGCCAGUCCAGGCUGCCUGCGAGCUCUUUCACUGAAGUUCAAGACGACCCACGUCCCACCGGGUGACACCCUAGUUCAUAGGGGCGACAUGCUGGACGCCAUCUACUUUAUCAGUCGUGGUUCUAUCGAAAUUUCAAAGAACGAUUCCAUCAUUGCUAUUCUCAGUAAGGAUGAUGUGUUUGGCGAGAACGUUUGCGAGCACGAGUGCAUGGGCAAGUCGAGUUGCAACGUGAGGGCGCUGACAUACAGCGACCUUCACAAGGUCAUGCGUGAAGACCUCCUGGACGUUCUUCAAAUGUACCCCGAGUUUGCCAGGCAGUUCGUCUCCAACCUCCAAAUCACCUACGACCUGAGAGAUGUACGUUGUGGUGAUGAUGAGGAUGAUGAUGAUGAUGAUGAUCCAUGCAUAUAA